GGGUCGGGCGAAAGAUGGCGAAGACCUACGACUACCUCUUCAAGCUGCUGCUGAUCGGCGACUCGGGCGUGGGCAAGACCUGCCUGCUCUUCCGCUUCAGCGAGGACGCCUUCAACACCACCUUCAUCUCCACCAUCGGAAUUGAUUUUAAAAUCAGAACAAUAGAACUAGAUGGGAAGAAAAUCAAACUACAGAUAUGGGAUACAGCAGGUCAGGAAAGAUUUCGCACGAUCACAACUGCGUAUUACAGAGGAGCUAUGGGAAUCAUGUUGGUCUACGAUAUCACGAAUGAGAAGUCUUUUGACAACAUUAAAAACUGGAUAAGGAACAUAGAAGAGCAUGCUUCUUCAGACGUAGAAAGAAUGAUCUUGGGUAAUAAAUGUGAUAUGAAUGAAAAAAGACAAGUUUCAAAAGAAAAAGGAGAGAAGCUAGCAAUUGAUUACGGCAUCAAAUUUCUGGAGACGAGUGCAAAAUCGAGCAUAAAUGUGGAAGAGGCUUUCUUCACUCUCGCACGGGAUAUUAUGACAAAACUCAACAGGAAAAUGAACGAUGGCAGUUCGGCGAGUGCAGGUGGGCCGGUGAAAAUAACAGAAAACAGAUCGAAGAAGAGCAGCUUCUUUCGGUGCGCGCUGCUUUGAUGGAACUCCUAAUAAUAGACU